UCCCGUCUCUCUCCUCGGUGUGUUUUGAGCGGAGGGGCUCGGAGCAUCGCUGCUGUUAAAACUCUCACAGCCUGCAGCUCUGACCGCGUCCUGCUCCACAAAGUGAUGUGACAGGGGUCUCAGUCACCGCGCCGUGUUUCAGCUGAGGAGGAUACAGAGUCGCUGCUGUGUGUCUGUCUGUCUGUCUGAGGCUGUCCGUCCUUCCCUCCCUCUUCACUGACUCUUCACCGUCUGGAGGUGCAGGCAUGAGCAAGGCCAGGUUCAGCAGAGACAGGAGAGUAACCAGAGUAACUCGCAGCUCCAUCAGCUCACACGACUCUGGCUCAGCUGCGGCUCAGCAAGGAAGACCCUCAGACUCUGGCCUACUUGAUGACCUCAGCCUCAUGAGGGUCAGUGAGCUGCAAACCUUAUUAACACGGAAAGCAAAGCCAUCAAAGACAGACAGUGAUGUCAGUGAGAGUUCAUCAGGCGGCACUAAGCAUGGCCUCCCUUCCCCCUCUGGCUCUUCAGUGCGAGCCCCAGGCCGCUCAGCCCCGCGGGGGGCUCUAGAGACUGUGGGCCGGCUGAUGAAGCUGGGGCGCCUACGUAAUGUGGUAGUGGUGGCUGGGGCUGGAAUCAGCACAGCUAGUGGUAUACCAGACUUCAGGACACCAGGGACAGGCCUGUAUGCGAACUUGGAAAAGUACAACGUUCCCUACCCUGAAGCUGUAUUUAACAUUGACUACUUCUCUGAUGACCCUCGUCCUUUUUUCUCCUUGGCCAAAGAGCUGUACCCUGGCCGGCAUCGUCCCAAUUACAUUCAUUAUUUUAUCCGCAUGCUGCACCAGAAAGGCCUACUGCUCCGAAUGUACACUCAGAACAUCGACGGCCUGGAGAAAAUGUGUGGUAUUCCAGAUGACAAGCUGGUGGAAGCUCAUGGAAGUUUUGCCACAGCCUCCUGUCACCUGUGCUACACACCAUUUCCUGCUGAGGAAGCUAAGGUUAAAAGCAACAGUGCUAAACUACAACUGCUUCUGAAAGACUAUUGUUGUGAUCAUCUGGCUUCAAUCUGUAUACUUUAUCUUGCAUUCCUACUUCUUUUUUUUUUUCAGACAGCCAUCAUGAGUGACAGUGUGCCUACGUGUUCGUUUUGUUCAGCCACUGUCAAGCCAAAUGUUGUGUUUUUUGGAGAAGAUUUACCUGAAAAAUACUUUCAGCACGCCCAGGACUUCCCCAGAGCAGACCUGCUCAUGAUUAUGGGCACUUCUUUGCAGAUUGAGCCGUUUGCCAGCUUGGUGAGCACGGUGAAAUCUAACGUGCCCCGGUUGCUGCUUAACCGGCAUGCGGUGGGGCCGUUUGAGCGCAAGCCUCUGAGGAGAGGAGACUACAUGGAGCUGGGAGACCUGGUGGACUCAGUCACAAGGCUUGCAGAGAUCCUAGGCUGGCACACUGAAAUUCAGGACCUGAUGAACAGCCAUGAGAAUGGGACCCUCCCCAUGCUGAUAAGCACUUCACCAUCAAGCACUGGAGCUAUAGUUCCCUCAUGCAGCAGUGGUGAAGAGAGUGACUCCUCAGAGACGGAGAGCAAGAGCACAGAGUCAUCAAUACUAAGUAACCACAGACCUCUACAAGCUUUAUGAGAAAUACACAGGCUACUCUGAUUCUGAACACUUAUAAUCCAUUUGUUAAAUGUAGGUAAUACUGUAUAUG